UCAACAUGGCGAACGGGAUGGAAUCCGCACCGGACGCGGUGCAAUGUCCCGUCUGUUUAAAAGACUUCGCGUCCGACACUAUCAACGGACACCUCGACGUGUGUCUCACAGACAAAAGCGAGCCGCCGUCCAAGAAGUGUCGGCUCGGCUCGAAGGUCGAACCGCCCGGUGACAACGGCGCCGGGUCCGGUUCGUCCUCCGUGGCUGCUCCGCCGUCCUCUCUGGUGUUUUCUAUGUUUAAGACGAGCAAGAGUAAAGCGUCCGGUCCCGGUGAACGAAAUGUGUCGUUGUCGAGUAAACAACCGGCUGCCUCUGCUGCCAACAAGGGACUCAAACGUAAUUUAUCGGGCGAGGAAGAGCCACGACGAGAAGGUACAGAGGACGUGCAGAGCCAGUCCUCUGGAUCUAACGGACAGGCCGUGAAGGCAUCACAAGGAGAGUCGUCUCCCCGGACGCUGAUGACGUCAAACAAGCCCCUGGCGCAGAGUCUGAGACCGAGCACGCUGGAGGAAUACUUCGGUCAGAAUAAAGUCGUGGGUCCGCAGACGCUCCUCCGAUCUCUGCUGGACUCCCAGGAAAUACCCUCCCUGAUCCUCUGGGGACCCCCGGGGUGCGGAAAGACCACUCUGGCUCACAUAAUCGCCAGCGGCAGCAAGAAGAAGGGCACGGCUCGAUUCGUCACUCUGUCGGCCACCAGCGCCUCCACCAGCGACGUCCGAGAGGUGAUCAAACAGGCGCACAACGAGCUGCGACUGUGCAAGAGGAAGACCAUCAUGUUCAUAGAUGAAAUCCACCGCUUCAACAAAUCCCAACAGGACACCUUCCUUCCUCACGUGGAAUGCGGGACGGUGACCCUGAUCGGGGCGACCACGGAGAACCCCUCCUUCCAGGUGAAUGCCGCCCUGCUGAGCAGGUGCAGGGUGCUGGUUCUGGAGAAGCUCUCGGUGGAGGCGAUGGGCUCCAUCCUGGAACGCGCCGUGGCCAGGCUGGGGAUCGGAGUCCUGGGGCGAGAACCGGCAAACCCUCGGCAACGAGAGCAAUCGGACGCACACGACCCAAAGAUUCUAAUUGAAGAAAAGGCUCUGGACACCAUCGCCCACCUGUGUGACGGUGACGCGAGGGCGGGACUCAACGGGCUGCAGCUGGCCGUUCAGGCUCAGGUGACCUCGAGCCGGCUCGGCCAAUCAGGAGCAGACGCCUCUCGGGAAAUACUGGUGACGGAGGAGCACGUGAAGGAAGGUCUCCAGAGGUCACACAUUCUCUACGAUAGAGCUGGCGAAGAGCAUUACAACUGCAUCUCUGCGUUGCAUAAGUCCAUGAGGGGCUCCCACGAGAACGCGUCCCUCUACUGGCUGGGCCGCAUGCUGGAGGGCGGCGAGGAUCCGCUCUACGUGGCUCGCAGGCUCGUCCGCUUCGCCAGCGAGGACGUGGGAAUGGCGGACCCCGCCGCUCUCCCUCAGGCCGUGUCGGCCUUUCAAGCCUGUCACUUCAUCGGGAUGCCCGAAUGCGAGGUGAUUCUGGCUCAGUGCGCCGUCUAUCUGGCGCGAGCACCCAAGUCGGUGGGCGUCUACAAGGCCUACGGCAACGUGAAGGCCUGUCUGAGGAACCACAGGGGGCCGCUGCCUUCGGUCCCCCUGCACCUUCGCAACGCCCCCACCGGGCUGAUGAAGCAGCUGGGCUACGCCAAAGGCUACAAAUACAACCCGGCCUUCAGCGACGCCGUGGAGCAGCAGUACUUACCUGAGGAGCUGCAGGGAACCGACUUCUUCACCUGGACGCCGUCGUGACUCGGCCGGCUGUCACAGAUUUAUUAAACGAUGCUGCUGACCGAAAACAUUUCGUCGUGACAUCUUUUUUUUUUUUUUAAA